AUGAAGCAAGUAGAGCUCGAUCGGUUUCGGUACAUCCGCCACCUCGAGCUCCUCUUCCGAUUCAACUCACACCGGGAGAGCCGACUAGGUCUACUCAUCCGAGCCGUGAGCGUCAUGAUCGCAGUCGUUCGAGACGACGACGGCGUCGACGUCAUCGGCAUGAACGUCAACCUGAGGGACCUCCCGCGGCCCCGGUUCGACCUGUUCUACCUCCCAAUCAGCCUCCAGUUCGACCACCAACAAGGUCUGCUAGUGCAGCUCCUCCGGUGCGUCCGCCUUUUCGAUCAGCCAGCUUUGACAACAUGCCACCCCGGCCUAGACCCAGUUCUACUGAGCCGGACAUUAUCCGUUCCCGGCCUCGUGAAAACAAAGGGCCCAGCAACAGUCCGCAGCGACCUCCUGGGCAAUGGGUACCCAGUUUUUCUGCUGGCAAUCCGAGCCAAAGGUCCGAUUUCGAAUAACAAGGAGCCCUCCGUGGCAGCUCCCUCAUCGGAGGCUCACAAGAACACUUCGCCCAAGACGCCUCCUAAGCACCCGGCUCCAAAGAGCCCAGUUCCUCCUGCUCAUGAGCAGUUAUUUCAAGCCACUCAUCGCAGCAGCUACGAACAACUGCGAGAGCAAAUCACAGCUCGAGCCAAAGGCCGCAAUGCUGUGGAUUUCUACGAGGAAGGAAUGAGCCCUCUCUUGGCGUAUAUGUUCUUUGUUGUGCAUUAUCAUGAGAAUUUUCUCACGACUGAAGGCUUGCAUACGUGGCCUAUUAUCCCGCGUUUUCAUAUGCGACGAUUUACUGAUCGCAUUACAUUUACUCGGCAACGUUCACUGCCUGUUUCCAAGAUCCUCAAAGAGGAUGUCGAGGAAGUGCUGAGAUUUUUGUUGACCCGGUUUGGCCAGGCCGAUCGACCCUUUCUGCCUGUGAUUCCCAUUGGCCAACGGGAGAUUGUCACUCUUGCCCGGUCCAUUUUGGCCAGCAAGAUACCAUACAAAACAAUUUUUCAGCAUGAUGCCAAGGCGUAUGCCAUGCCUCAGGAAGCGUUGCAUGUUUGGGAGUUUCCAGUGGCACAUAUGCCAGGACCUGAAGAGCAGACCAACUGCUAUUAUCUUUGGGGACACGGGACCACAGCCGAAGGCCUGGUCGGCAUCCUCACGCUGGGCAGAGUUAUUCGCUCUAGCGCUGAAGCUGUACAUGUUGCGCCGCACGAUCAUGUGUGCUCCUUUUAUGGCAAGGCCACACAAAACGUGUAUUAUGAAGAGAGCAAAUUAGACUUCGUGUCGAAAUUGCACCACUCCACGAAGAAUUCCGCUGGAGUGGUCGUUGGAGGAUAUCUUGGAUCUGCGCAUCACAAAUCCAAAUCCUCCAGUACUGUACAUGAAGGACACUUAUGCAAGUUCCACGCGCUAGUGCACUCCCUCUCAGGAGAUAAGCGCUGGGCGGUGCGGGAGGCCGCCGGACGCAUUGACAAAAUCUGGAUUUUGUCAAGCACCCACUCCAUUUCUUUGCCGAUGUCCACCCCCAACAACCCCAGGCCCAUUACUUUUGAAACGGGGGAAGGGCAGGAUUGGGGAGUCAGCUGGCCUGGCUUGGAGUAUUCUGUACGCAGCACCAGAGCUUUACCGGUUUCCGAUGUACAGAGGGAGGCCUAG